AUGGAAGAUUCAGCAGCACCAACGACACAAGGCCGUGAUCCGAUCUUUGGACACUUCGGUGCAGCAGAGCAAAAGCCAGGGUACUGGGCUAAGCAGGCAGUCGAGUGCGAGUGGAACCGGGGCCAAGCAGCCAGCCUCACUCGAGGCAGCCUGCUAUAUAGCCUUGUCAGAAUGCCGCUACAAAGAGAGCCGGUACUCCAAAUCAACAGCAAGAACUUGAAGAAGAGCCAUCCAAACGCUAGCCAAUGGGACCGUCAAAUCGGCUUUCACAAAACCAACAUCGAGGCACUGAUUGGACAAGCCGUUGGGGAACUCCUGGAUGAGACCAACUGCUGUGAUAACUGUGCUAAGCUGGACGGCAAGUUUGCCAACUGUGUGCGGGUGCCUGGAAUGACAGCAUGUCCAAACUGCCACUUCGACCGACAGGGUAUAAGGUGCAGCUUCACAAAAGCAGAAAAGAAAGCCAACGAGCCGAUGCCGAGGAAGCGAACCCUUGAGGUCAUGCUGGAAGAGAUGAGCGACAUUUACGAUCUUGAAUGGAAGAGAUUCAAGAGGGGCGAAGCCCUUGGGGCCAUCAUUACCGAAAAGCGCGAGCUAGCGAGGGCUAUUAUGGCAGAAGCUGAAGAGGUUGGGUACAUUUAA